AUGCUUGAAAACUGUCACUACUCCCAGAUCAUGGAGCAGCCACUCCUCGCCAAAGACGCCCUCACGACCAAGGAAACGAAGGUGAACGGCCAUGUUAUCAUUCGGCCUGUUGAUGACCCGGAAAUCCCAACCAUACCUCAGCUCCGCAAAUAUACUGGCGAGUAUGCGGUGACAGACAGACCGCUUGGGUACAUCAAAAAAGUGCGAAUAAUCACAAUUGGCGCAGGUGCCAGUGGCAUCAACAUGGCGUAUCAAAUUAAAAACUACCUCCGGGAAGCGGAACUGGUUGUCUACGACAAGAACCCUGCACUCGGAGGCACUUGGUUUGAGAACCGGUAUCCUGGGUGUAAAUGCGACAUCCCAUCACACAAUUAUCAAUUCGCCUGGGAGCCCAACCCGGACUGGGCAGCCAUGUUCUCACCUGCCGAAGAGAUCCGUCAGUACCUCGAGAAGUGCGUGGCCAAACACGAUCUAUCGAGCUACUUCAAGCUCUCACAUGAGGUUAUCGGAGCCAGAUGGCAGGAACAGAACGGCCGCUGGUCCGUCAAGAUCAAGAAGACUGAGACAGGAGAGAUCUUUGAAGACGAGUGCCACUAUUUGCUCAACGCUGGAGGCAUCCUCAACGCGUGGAAGUGGCCCAACAUACCCGGUCUGCACAACUUCCAGGGUCAGUUGGUCCACAGCGCCAACUGGCCCGAAUCGUUCGACUACAAGGGCCUCAAAAUCGCCGUCAUUGGAAACGGGUCCACGGGGAUCCAGAUCGUGCCGGCUCUGCAACCGCACGUCAAAGAAUUGGUACACCUAAUCCGGUCGCCGACAUGGGUCACUCCGGGCGCCGCUUCGCGCUACCCAUCAUUACGCGGAGGCAACAUGCCCGAGCAUUUCUGCGAAGAGCAAAAGGAGCUCUUCCGCCAAAACCCUGAAAAGUAUCUAGCCUUUCGGAAAGCCGUCGAGGUCGAGAUCAAUGCCAAAUUCCGCAUGCUUGUCAACGGAGCUCAAGAGGCCACCAAAGCACGGCUCGAUGCCGCCAAAAGCAUGAUCGAGCUCCUCAAAGGCAGCCCGGAUCUGAUCGAGAAGCUGAUCCCGAAUUUUCCGGUGGGGUGUCGCCGAAUCACGCCCGGGGUAGGGUACCUCGAGAGUUUCGCGAAACCCAACGUGCGAGUCAUCACCGACGCGAGAAUCGACCACGUCGACGAGAAAGGUCUGGUCAUGUCGACCGGCGAACACAUCGACGUCGAUGCCAUCGUGUGUGCCACCGGCUUCGACGUUUCCUUUUCCCCCAGAUUCCCCAUCACCGGCCGUGACGGAGUCCACAUCAAGGACGUCUGGGGCGAGCCCAACGUGCCGCAGGCAUACUUGUCCAUGGCUAUCCCCAAGUUCCCUAAUUACUUUGUCUUCCUUGGGCCGAACGCCCCAAUCUCGCACGGCAGCGUCUUCACCAUCACCGAGCAAUGUUCGAAAUACAUCCUGCAGCUGAUCACCAAGGCCCAAGUCGAACUCAUCAAGGCUAUCGACGUCAAACAAGAGGCCGUCGACGAUCUCGCGAUCCACAUCCACUAUUUCAUGCCUCGCACCGCUUGGGCGGGAAACUGUCGGUCGUGGUUCAAGAACGGUCGAUCUUCGGGCCCCAUCAUUGCAAUCCACCCAGGAAGUCGGCUGCACUGGUUCCAUGCGCUGGAGAGGCCCAAAUUCGAGGACUUCAAUUACACGUACGACACGGGAAAUCGGUUUCAGUUCCUGGGUAACGGGUUCUCGACGCGAGAGGAAGAGGGUGCGGAUCAGACCUGGUACCUUGACCAAGUGGAGCCUAAGCUGCUCUACUAUUGA